AUGGUUGGAAAAAGAACUUAUCUCAAACAACAAGCUGCUCAAGUACCUACAAAUGGCACAAAAUAUAUCAGACGCUCCACUCGAAUUCAAGUAACACGCAAUGCUCAAAAUGCUGCUAUCAUUAUGUCAGACAGAUCUCUUAUAGCUGCGCCAACUAUUUCUUCAGCUUCCGACAUUUCUUCAGUUUCCGAUAUUUCUUCAGUUGCCACUGUUCGGAAUGUAAGGAAACGCAAAGAAGUUAGUGAAGAAGUCACCGGAGUUUCUCCUUCAAAAGUUUGUGUUACAAAAUCAGUCACUAUCAUUCCUAAAAAGUUCAAAUCUACACAAGUAGUAUCAUCUGUUGAUUCAAAUAUUAAUGUUCAAGACUCACAAGCUGUAAAUCGGGAUAAUAUAGCUUCUCAAGUUGUUAAUACUGCUGUACAACCUAAAAGGCGGGGGAGGCCACCUAAAAAUCCUCAGGCUAUUACUACUAUGCAACAAUCUAAUCAACCUAAAAGGCGGGGAAGACCACCUAAAUCAGCUUUAACCGUUAUUCUCCCUGCCACUGAAAGUACUCUUGCAAGGCAACCAAGAAAGCGUGAAAAUCGUGCUGAUCACGGGAAAAUAUUGAGACCUAAACGUAGAAAGGGUGACACUUUUACUAUACCCAUUCCUACUCGUUCACAAAAAAUUGGUCGGCUUUACGCUAUUGGUUCAAAUGAAUUAUCUCAAUGUGGUAUAGAAGACUCCCAAGUUACCGAAGCUACAAAAUUAAGUAUUAUUAGUUCUUUAGAUAAUUUCAAUAUUGUCGAUAUAAGCGCAGGAUCUCUUCAUAAUGCAGCGCUUACUGUUGAUGGUAAAGUUGUAACGUGGGGAUGUAACGAUCAUGGUGCACUUGGUCGUUUCACUGAAACUCCUAAUUCAGCAGGGAAUAAGGCAAUUUUGGAGGCAGGAAACUUCGAUAUAGGUGAAGAGGGGAAACCUGCAUACGCUGAAGGUCUUGAUGAUGCCAAUAUCGUAAAAAUAGCAUGCGGAGGAAACGCUACGUUCGUUAUAUCUGAUCAAGGUCAUUUAUAUGUGGCCGGAACUUUCAAGGACAAAGAUGGAAUUUUAGGGUUUUCUCAAGAUAAUCGUACAGAAGAGCCAAUAUUCACACAAUGUAAGCCCUUUAUGUAUUUAACAAUUGUUGAUAUAGCAGCAGGUGAAGAUCAUGUUUUAGCGCUUACCAGAGAAGGAGAUGUGUAUGCAUGGGGAAAUGAUGAGGCUCAUCGUCUUGGAAGAAAAUACUCGGAACGUAGAUCACUCGAGCCAUUUAAUCUAGGAUUAAAACAUAUCGUUCGAUUGUACGCUGGAUCAUAUCACAACUUUGCAAUUGACAAAAAUGAUCAAGUAUGGGUUUUUGGUUUUAAUAAUAUGGGACAAUGUGGUCUUGAUACAAUAAGACAAGCUAUCAUCCCUCCAGAAAAACAUUCAUUCUUUAAAGGUCAAAAGGUUGAAGAGUUCGCUGUUGGUCAACAUCAUACCCUUGCUCGUAUGCAAAGUGGAAAUAUUUAUGUCUUUGGACGUAGUGAUUAUGGUCAACUUGGUCUAGGUGAUGAAGUUACAAAAUUGCAGCCUAAAGAGUCUAAAGCGAGAGUAGUGAUACCAACUAUCAUCCCAAAUCUUUCAUCAAUAAAAUUAAUAGGAACAGGAGAUAAUUUUUCAAUGGCGGUAGAUGACGGUAACAAUAUUUAUGCUUGGGGAUUUGGAGAAUAUUGUGUUUUGGGAAAUGAAACGGAUGAUGAUGUGACAUCGCCAUUUCAGAUUCCAAACUUGAAUGAACUUGAGGAUAAAGAAAUUGUUCGCAUAAGCUUUAAUAAAAAGUGGUGUAACAUUGUAGUUCCGAUCUUAUGGGAGAGAUAUUACCCAUUUAAAAUAAAUGAAAAACUUUGCAAUGUUAUACUUUCUUUCUUACCACCCUCUUCAAAAAAACUUUUAUCAAAUAAUGAUAUUAAAUUACCUUCUUUAACACUUUCAAAAUUUCCAUUAUUUAAUUAUAUAAGUUUUUGCAGAUAUAUAUCCUCUGAUAAUGUGGACAGAAUCAUUGAUAUAGUGUUAAAGAACCUUUGUAAUGAUCAUAGAAGAAAUCUUUUGGAGCAAGAAAUUUACAAGUUAUUUAUUAGUCAAUGUAAAAAUGUUAAAUAUUUAUCUUGGGAAACUCGUCAACCUUUAACUUUAUUUCCAGGAGCAUCAAUUUUAUUCUCGCAGCUCCAUAAGUUAAGUAUUGAUAUUGAUUAUGUGAAUUCUGGUGCUCUUUAUGAGCUAGCACAAAUUUCUAAAGAUUUAAAUACUUUAUCUAUCAAAAGUUGUUCUCGUAAUAUUCCUGAAUUAAUUUACUUGAUUGAUGCCCAGAGGAAUUUAAAAAAACUAAUUCUUGAUAUUGAGGUUGAUGAAAAGACUGGCAAAGAACUAAGCAAAACAUUAGAAAGAAAUGGAGCUACUAUAAAUAAUCUUUAUCUAAACUCAAUUGAUAAUAUUGUACUUUCAUCUUUAACAGCACUUGUCAAUCUAAAAAAGUUAACAAUUCUUCAUUGGAAAAAUUAUAAAGAAAUUCAACAAUAUCUUGCAAUUUCUGAAUUUCCAAACCUUCAACAACUAAUAUUAACAAAUGUUCAUUUACCUAGCUUUAAAGAGAUAUCUUUAUUAAUUGAAAAAACUAUAGGAAAUAUUUCAAGUAUUCACAUUACAGCUACCAAUAAAACUGCUAAAGAAGCAGGAAUUUUAAUUAAAGCAAUUGCUGUUAAUUGCCCAAAGAUUAGUGAUUUAGAUACAAAUAUUGAGCCUAAAGAUUUUAUUCAUGUUAAAACAUUAUUAUUAAAUUGUAGAUUUUUAAGAAAAUUAAGAUUAAAAAGUUUAGAAUUUUUUAUAAAUGAAAAUGAUAAUAAUAUAGGAGAUGAAUUAUUGGAUAUUUUUAUCUUAUUUUCUCCAAAAUCUUUAGAUAAUAUAUCUAUUAGUGGAUUAUGGAAGUAUUCAAUUGACACUUUUAACCGAUUUUUUGAAAGUUUUAGAGGACAUCCUUUGCAUUAUUUUGGUAUUAAUGAUAGUUAUAAUAAUAUUACAGUUGAUCAUAAAAUUAUAGUUAGAAAAUAUAUUGAUGGAGGAGUGGUGAAAUGUUCUAAUUGGAAAUUUAUUCAAAUAUAA